GUUUGAGUUCUUUGUACAGGUGAGUCGUCAUAACGCAAUCCUCUCCAUCAGAAAGACGAUGCCGGUGGUGCAGAAGUUAAAUCUGCAGAUAUCACAUGACGGCACACCUGACAAUCAACUCCGCAUCUUUUAGUUAUGCAAUCUAUAUAAUAAAUUUGAUCGAAAUGAAAUCCGUUUUACCUACUUCUCCCCGUUAUCUCUGGUCUCCUUUUCACCGAGCACCCAACCUGUGGAAGAUUGGGCAAAACUUCAUUUCAACAGUUUUUUAACCUUUUUUUUCCGUUUGACUCGGAAACCAAAGUUGAAGGAAUGGCGCACUUAUCUCAGAUAUCUGGGACACCGUCCUCCCUUCCUCAAGAUUAUGCCAUUUUAUCUCGUUUUGCGGAUCCCCUUUUAGAAGAAAAUCAAGAAGAAUCUGGAGCCUCUUCUAUCAGGAACGACCAGGAAGAAUACGGUGAAGAGGAUGGCUUGCUUGCACCACCGAAGCAGGUUAGGCGCACCAGCUUCCCUUCAUCUUAUAUUCUUCCGCCCCAACCGUUCAUGAAAAUAAUUCCCCAAGCACCAAAUGUGCUUCAGCCAACUGAGAAUACGCCCCUCUUGGCGCCAUUGAUCCCACUCAUCAGGGAGGAGGUAGACUUUCCUAGUGAUGGACAUGAACCUACCACCACUCAAAUGUUCUGGGAAGAACUAGGUAUCUUGUUGAAAUACACAUUGCCUGUCUUUGGCACGCAUGUCUUUGAGCACAGCAUGAUCAUGGCAUCCGUAGUCUCCAUAGGCCAUAUCUCAACCGUCGCUCUUGCUGCCGCGACUAUUGGGUUCAUGACUGCUAACGUCACUGGUCUGAGCAUCAUUCAUGGUCUCGUUUCAUCCUUAGACACAAUGCUUCCCGGGGCUUGGACUUCUGAUCAACCACACCUUGUUGGAUUAUGGACGCAGCGCAUGACCGUUGUCGUGGCUGUCACACUCAUACCUAUGUUUGCCAUUUGGUUCAAUGCAGAGCCUAUCCUGCUUUUACUGAAGCAGGAACCGGAGGUUGCGCGGCUUGCUGGUAUCUACUUGAAAUGGGCCUCGUUAGGUCUGCCAGCCUACGCAUUCAAUUGUAUUUCCCGCCGAUAUUUCCAGUCCCAAGGUCUCUUCGCUGUGCCGACUCGUAUCAUCAUGUCGGUAGCGCCUCUCAAUGUACUCAUGAAUUAUCUGCUGGUAUGGGGUCCAGAACCGAUCAGAUUAGGUUUCAUUGGCGCCCCAAUAGCGACAUCGAUUUCCUACAAUCUUGUGUCGAUAGCCUCUGUCAUCUACGGCGUUUUCUUUGUUGAGAAGACCGCCUGGUAUCCGAUUUCACGGCGAUCCCUUACUUCCUUAGGUCUUCUUGUCCAGCUUGGGUUAGGUGGCGUUGGUCAGGUUGCUUCAGAGUGGUGGUCGUGGGAACUAAUCGGACUUGCUGCUAGCUUACUUGGGCCUACAGCUUUGGCAACCCAAUCGGUUCUUUUAUCGACUUGUUCGUCCACUUUCCAAGCCGCAUUUUCUCUGGGUAUUGCGACCUCCGUCCGUAUCGGAAAUCUUCUUGGGGAAAAGAAUGCAAGGCGUGCUGGAGUUUCUGCGAAUGCAGCUAUUCUUCUCUCUGCUGUGGCAGCAGGAUUCUUUACUACUGUUUUGAUGGCUUUCCGCAAGUCAUGGGGUUAUUUAUUCAACAACGAUCCCGAGGUCGUGGCACUUGUAGCAACUAUCCUGCCGGUCGCAGCUUUGUUCCAAAUGCCCGACUUUGCAUGCGCUAUUACAUCCGGAAUAUUGAGAGCUAGAGGCAAACAGUUCACUGGAGCUUUACUUAAUCUUAGCGCCUACUACGUCAUUGGGAUUCCCUUUGGGCUGUGGCUCGCCUUCAAGCAAGACAUGCAACUCGCAGGGCUUUGGUGUGGUCUCACGGUUGCUCUGCUUUACGCGUCGACUGUUAGCAUUUGGAUCUGCCUCAAAACAGAUUGGAAGAGGGAAGUGGAGAAGGUGGCUGAGCGCCUUGCUGUAGACAAGAAGUGCCGUGAUGGACCUGCGGACUCUGAACAUCUGGCGCAAUGAUUGGUGAGCUAGUUGAUGACGCAUCUUGGCAAGAAGUAUGGCGUAUGCAGUUUGGUUUAGUCCCAUUCAUGUCUUUAACGACCUUAUGAAGCUUACUCGAACUCAA